CACACACACACACACACACACACACACGCAAAGCAUCUCCUUCACUAGGAAGCAAAACCAACGACACCUCACUUGUACAAAACAGACACCUAUACCAAGAGUAAUAUAAUCUUUUGUGUAGUUAUAGUGUGUAACCAACCCCAUUAAUUAUUCCCAACCCCCUCUCUCUCUCUCUAGAAUCCAGGCACAGUUGAACUCGCCCGAGAAUGGGAGACGCCGACUAUGAACUCCGGCCACACCGUGUAGCCAUACCUCCACCUAAACCAUUCUACCAGUCAUUGGAAUCGUCUCUGAAAGAGACUUUCUUUCCUGAUGAUCCUUUCCGGCAGUUCAAAAACCAACCAAUGUCUCGGAAGGUGGUUUUAGGAUUGCAGUAUCUCAUGCCAGUACUUGAAUGGGCUCCUCGAUACACUUUCGAUCUCUUUAAAGCUGAUGUGGUUGCCGGAAUCACCAUUGCUAGCCUUGCAGUUCCUCAAGGAAUCAGCUAUGCCGGUUUGGCCAACUUGCCACCAGUUCUUGGCCUUUAUUCAAGCUUUGUGCCACCAUUGGUAUAUGCCAUGUUGGGAAGCUCAAGAGACUUGGCGGUCGGAACGGUUGCUGUUGCAUCUCUUCUCAUAGCUUCUAUGUUGGGGAAGGAGGUCAAUCCUAAUGAGAACCCUAAGCUUUAUGUUCAGUUGGCUCUCACUGCAACCUUUUUUGCUGGAGUUUUUCAAGCUGGUUUAGGCUUCUUAAGGCUUGGAUUUAUUGUGGACCUUCUCUCACAUGCAACGAUAGUGGGUUUCAUGGGUGGAGCAGCCACGGUUGUGUGUCUGCAACAGCUAAAGGGAAUUCUUGGUCUGGUUCAUUUCACUCAUGGCACAGAUCUUGUCUCAGUCAUGAGAUCCAUCCUCAGCCAAAUACACAUGUGGAGAUGGGAAAGUGGAGUCUUGGGUGGUUGUUUCCUAUUCUUCCUCGUACUCACUAGAUAUUUUAGCAAGAGAAGACCAGCCUUCUUUUGGGUAAAUGCAAUGGCACCUCUAACUUCUAUUAUCUUGGCAAGUGUUCUAGUUUACUUCACCCACGCUGAGAAACAUGGAGUUCAAGUGAUUGGGCACGUAAAGAAAGGAUUGAAUCCAACGUCUGUGUCUGAAUUGGUGUUUGGGUCACCAUAUCUGACGACAGCCAUUAAAACUGGAGUCAUCACUGGUGUCAUAGCUCUCGCUGAAGGAAUAGCAGUGGGAAGAAGCUUUGCCAUGUUUAAGAACUAUAACAUUGAUGGUAACAAAGAGAUGAUAGCUUUUGGGAUGAUGAAUAUUGCAGGCUCUUGCACUUCGUGCUAUUUGACCACAGGGCCAUUUUCAAGAACAGCAGUGAAUUUCAAUGCAGGUUGCAAGACAGCAGUGUCCAACAUUGUGAUGGCCACUGCAGUGAUGAUAACACUGUUAUUCCUCACCCCAUUGUUUCAUUACACUCCCCUUGUUGUUCUCUCCUCCAUUAUAAUUGCCGCCAUGCUCGGCCUCAUCGACUACGAAGCUGCCAUUCAUCUUUGGAAGGUUGACAAGUUCGACUUUGUUGUCUGCAUCAGUGCCUUCCUUGGUGUGGUCUUCGGCAGUGUUGAAAUUGGCUUGGUCAUUGCGGUGGUGAUAUCUCUGGUUCGGGUGCUCUUAUUCGUGGCUAGGCCAAGGACGUUUCUUCUGGGCAACAUUCCCAAUUCCUUCACCUACAGAAGCAUUGAUCAAUACCAAGUUGCAAACAAUGUACCUGGAAUUCUCAUCCUCCAUAUCGGAUCUCCCAUUUAUUUUGCCAAUGCCAGCUACCUAAGAGAAAGGGUUUCAAGAUGGAUAGACGAGGAGGAAGACAAGCUAAAAUCUUCAAAAGAAGCUGAUUUGCAAUAUGUUAUCUUAGAUAUGAGCGGUGUUGGUAGCAUUGAUACGAGUGGAAUCAGCAUGUUUGAAGAAGUACAGAAAACCAUUGACAUAAGGGGUCUCAAGCUCGUAUUAGCUAAUCCUGGAAGCGAAGUGAUGAAGAAACUCGAUAAGUCGAAGUUUGUCGACAAGAUCGGCCAAGAAUGGAUCUUUCUAACAGUUGCCGAAGCCGUAAACGCGUGCAAUUUCAUGCUCCACGCAUGCAAGAUGAAUGCCAAGAGAGUUGAAUCUGAAGCUGCAGAUAACAAUGUUUGAUGGGAACCAUCUUCCAGGAGUAGAAAUGUAAUAGGAUUGCCCAUGCCUUUUAGAGCACCUUCAAAAAUGUAAUAAAAUGUUGUAACUUAGUUUUCUAAUAAGUAUCCAGAUCGAAGGUGC